UUGGACAGACUCGUCGGCCUCGCCAUGCUCGUGGCUGCCUCCGUCAUCUUUCUCUACUACACCGUCUGGACGCUUCUGAUGCCGUUCGUCGAUGACGACCACAUCCUCCAGAACUUCUUCCUCCCUCGCGUCUGGGCCAUCCGCAUCCCCGUCAUCCUCCUCCUCGUCGGUUCCGCUGUCGUGGGCUCCUUCCUGGGCGUCGUCAUGAUCCGCAGCAACAGGAAGAAGGCAGCAAAGGCCAAGGCGGCCGCGAAGAAGAAGGCGUAA